GAAUUCACCUCAUUGCAAAGCGCCAUGGCGUUUUAGGAGGGCCUAAGUUGAUCUACAUUAGAAUGCGUUUUGCUUCCCUUUUCUCUGGUACGUCUUGUUGGGCUCUUUUCGGAUUUGGGCCAGAGUCGUAUACAGGGGGGAAUUUGGCGUUCAGGUUUGGGAAUCUGGGCGGAUGGUUGAAACCUUCACGCUAAAAGAUGGCGACCGGAUAUUACGAUUGUUCCUUAUUAUCACGUUUGUAGUAUACAGAAUUGUGCGAUUAUCUCUAGCUAUGGCAUCUCGGAAAGGUUAUGUCUUUUGUUUCAGCUUAGUCGUGGUAGAGUACUGCAAAAAAUGGAGUGACACUUGUUCUCAUGUAAACAUUUCAUGUCCCCUUUGAGAGAUGCUACGUCUUUGAAAGCAAUCAAUCGU